AUGAGUAUGAAAAUCUAUAACUCGUUGAGACGACAAUUGGAGGACUUUGUACCACUAAAUCCUGAGCAGGUGUCGAUCUACAGUUGCGGUCCCACUGUUUACGACUACAUUCACAUGGGCAACGCGCGCACGGCUUUGGUAACAGAUAUUAUUCGACGCUAUCUCGUGUAUAAGGGGUACAACGUCAAACUGGUUCAAAACUUGACAGAUAUUGAUGACAAAAUUAUCAAUCGGGCAGCUGAGUUAGGGGUCAGCGCGAAGCAGCUUGCACACCAGAACGGUGAAGCUUUCUUUGAGGAUUCGCAACGCCUCGGUAUUCAACCCGCAGAUGUCCAUCCGAAAGCAACCGAACACAUUCCUGAGAUGAUAGAUUUGAUUCAAAUACUGCUUGACAAGGGGGCAGCUUAUGUCAUUGAUGGAAGCGUCUAUUACCGCGUAAAUCAGUUCGCUGAGUAUGGGAAGCUCUCCAAUCGCAAGCCGGAGGAUCUGCUCGCGGGCGCGCGGGUUGAGAUUGAUGAGCGGAAAGAAGAUCCCCGUGAUUUUGAUAUGUGGAAAGCAGUGAAACCCGGGGAACCCUCCUGGGAGAGCCCGUGGGGCAGAGGCAGACCGGGAUGGCAUAUAGAAUGCUCUGCUAUGGCAAUGAAACAUCUCGGUGAAACUAUUGACAUCCAUGCCGGUGGUGAAGAUUUGCAGUUCCCCCACCAUGAAAAUGAGAUAGCACAGAGUGAAUUGGCGACAGGGACACCCUUUGCACGUUACUGGAUGCACGUCGCUUUUCUAAAGAUUGAUGGUAAGCGAAUGGGGAAAUCGGAACACAACUUUAUCUUACUCCGAGAUGCUCUGGACAAUUAUCCUACUGAAGUCAUUCGUCAUUUUCUUAUUUCCGCACACUACCGUCACCCACUCGACUACAAUCGAGAAAGUUUGACUAAAUCAGAAGGCGCGCUCAGGCGUUUGAACAAUUGUUUGGACGCGUUGAAAAACUACUAUGAGGACAUUGAGCCAAGUGAAACGACAGCUGUGCCUCUACAGCACGCUGUACAGGAGAUGAAGUCACAGUUUACGCUGGCAAUGGAUACCGACUUCAAUACCGCACAAGCACUCGGGGCUAUUUUUACCCUUGUCGGCGAGGUUAACAAAUCACUCAGCACGCUUGAUGAAGCGGCAGCUCCCGUUCUCGCACAAGCAUAUCAGGCGUUGACUGAAACUUGUCAAGUCCUCGGAAUCUAUAAUACAGAUACUCAGAUUGAUGAUGGCGACAACGUCCAACAACGCGAUCAGAUGAUUAACCUCCUCUUGGAAAUAAGGCAGGAUGCCCGCAAUCGAAAAGAUUGGGAGACAUCUGAUAAAAUUCGUGACCGACUUAAAGAACUCAACAUUGAAAUUAAGGACACCCGUGAAGGUACCACUUGGAAAAUUAUAUCGUAA